AUGGAAGGAUCCAGUUUUGGGAUAGAGACACUAUAUUGUCCAACGCUGGUUCUGGCAGCCCUGGCAUGCUGAAUGGGGACUUUAGGGAUGGGAGAGGAGCGGAUUUUAGGAAUCAGGGCCCCCUGUCUCCUGGUUCGGAGAUAGACACCGUGGGAAGUUCACCUUCCUCUCCUAUUUCAGUGACUAUGGAAGCUGCAGAUCAGCACCGGUUAGUGGACAGCGCCCUGCACCAACCUCAGCAUCUCCAUCACCUGCACCACAGCCACAACCUCAGCAGUCCCCCCACCACAGCAGCCUGCCCAGCUGGGCUCAGCACCUAGGACUUCCACCUCUUCCUUCUUAAUUAAAGACAUUUUGGGAGACAGCAAACCCCUGGCUGCCUGUGCCCCUUACAGUACCAGCGUGUCCUCCCCCCACCACACACACGCCAAAACAGGAGGGCAAUGUGUCUUCAGAAAGUUUUCGACCCAAACUAGAACAGGAGAUGCAAGAUGCCAAGAGCAAAGCAGAAAAAAUCCGGGAUGAUAUGCAUUCAGACAUGAAAGGGCAUAGUACAAAAGAAGAAGGGGACCGGGAGAUCACCAGCAGCCGUGAAAGUCCUCCGGUCCGGUCCAAGAAGCCCAGGAAGGCCAGAACAGCCUUUUCAGACCAUCAGCUGAACCAGCUGGAGAGAAGCUUUGAGAGACAGAAAUAUCUGAGUGUGCAGGACCGCAUGGACCUGGCGGCAGCCCUUAACCUCACAGACACUCAGGUCAAGACCUGGUACCAGAACAGGAGGACAAAGUGGAAGAGGCAGACAGCUGUCGGACUAGAGCUGUUGGCUGAGGCUGGGAAUUAUUCAGCUCUUCAAAGGAUGUUCCCCUCACCUUAUUUUUAUCACCCUAGUCUGCUCAGUAGUAUGGACAGCACGACUGCAGCCGCUGCAGCAGCAGCUAUGUACAGCAGUAUGUACAGGACUCCCCCUGCACCCCACCCUCAGUUACAGAGACCCUUAGUUCCCAGGGUCCUCAUCCAUGGUCUGGGUCCUGGGGGACAACCAGCUCUUAACCCCUUGGGGAACCCAAUACCUGGCACUCCUCACACGCGGUGA